AUGUACCUGGACUUCAUGCAAGAGUAUCUCGAAUUGGGGCAUAUGAGUCCAACAAAUAAUCGACUCCCGAGUGAGCCGCACUAUUUCAUUUCGCACCAGUGUGUGUUAAGACCGCAGAGCACAACUACCAAGUUGCGCAUGGUUUUUGAUGCUUCGAGUCGCACAUCAACACAAGCGUUGAAUGAAACCUUGAUGGUCGGACCGAUCGUUCAAGAGGAGCUUUUUUCGACCCUCCUUCGCUUCCGAUUGCACAAAUAUGCCAUGACUGCCGACAUCAUGAAGAUGUAUCGUCAAAUAUUGGUGCACGAAGACGACAGGAACUUCCACCUCAUAGUGUGGAGACAGGAUCCAUCGGAGCAUUUGCAAAUUUUUCGAUUAAACACCGUAACAUACGGCACAGCGCCUGCACCAUUUCUCGCCACACGGUGUCUGCAAAUGCUAAGCGACAAAAAUAAAGCCAAAUAUUCACUCGGUUCCAAAGUCAUUCGGAAUGACUUUUACGUCGACGACCUAUUAACAGGAUCCGACAGUAUAGAAAGCCUCACCCAGAUACAACAGGAAGUAAAUACAAUUUUAGAAUCGGCAGGUCUGAAAUUAGCAAAGUGGUUUUCCAAUCAUACAAGCUCAUCGGAUAGUGAGAGUCUCCAAAAAUUAUUGCAGCUCAGCGAUACCGACUCCACCAAAACGCUAGGAAUCCACUGGCAGCCGAUAGAUGACAUUUUUCGCUUCAUUCUGGAAGAUAAUUUUAGCGAGCUGCGUGCAACUAAACGCAAUAUUUUAUCAGUUUCCGCUCGCCUCUUUGACCCUCUUGGUUCAUUAGCCCCGCUAGUUACCAAAGCUUAA